AUGGACGACCUUUAUGAUGAGUUUGGUAACUAUAUAGGAGAGGUGGAUGGCUCGGACGAGGAAUCUCCGCAUCAUGAUGAAGCCAACGCACAGGCUUUCGCCUUUGAAGAGGCCUUCGGUGGAGACAACGAAGACGACCCCGAUGACGUCGGCGAGCAGCAGUUAAUGGAUGUGGAUGAUGAGGGCCCCUCGAACGCGGUCGUCCUCCAUGAAGAUAAACAGUAUUACCCCAGUGCCCAACAGGUGUACGGUCACGAUGUUGAAACCCUGGUGCAGGAGGAGGACGCGCAACCUCUUUCUGAGCCCAUCAUUGCCCCGGUCCAACAAAAGAAGUUUGCGAUAGAAGAGGCCGAAUUACCCCCCGUCUAUCACUCGAGGGAAUUCAUGACAGAUCUACUCAACUUUCCCGAUCAAAUAAGGAAUGUUGCUCUUGUCGGUCACUUGCACCAUGGGAAAACGGCUUUUAUGGACAUGUUGGUCACUGAAACUCAUGACCUCACCAGUCGCCUAGAGAAACGAGCCGGCAGACGAAAUGAGGAACAACUCCGCUAUACCGACGUCCAUUUUCUGGAAAGAGAAAGGGGCCUUUCUAUCAAAGCGGCACCCAUGAGCUUGGUACUCCAGGGCACGAAGGGGAAAUCUCAUCUAUUUAACAUCCUUGACACACCGGGACAUGUGAACUUUGUGGAUGAGGUAGCUGCUGCAUGUCGACUGGUUGACGGCGUGGUCCUUGUGGUGGAUGUGGUUGAAGGUGUCCAGGCCAAUACGGAGCAAAUAAUCAAACAUGCUAUCCUCGAAGACCUCCCGCUGACAAUGGUUGUGAACAAGAUGGACAGGUUGAUUCUGGAACUGAAAAUCCCACCCAACGAUGCUUAUUUCAAACUGAAGCACGUUAUCGAGGAGGUCAACACCAUUAUCGAAAACGUACUGCCUGGCCACGGCGCUGCAAGGCGACUGAGCCCUGAGAAGGGAAAUGUUGCCUUUGCUUGCGCCUCCAUGGGCUGGUGCUUCACGUUGCAUUCAUUCGCCAAGAUGUAUGCAGAGAGGCAUCCCCAGGUCGACGCAGUGGAUUUCUGCUUGCGUCUAUGGGGUGAUAUCUUCUUCAAUCCAAGAAGUCGGAAAUUCACACGCAAAGGCGUCGAAGAAUAUUCCAAACGGACAUUUGUCCAAUUUGUUCUGGAGCCCAUUUACAAACUCUACUCACACACAUUAAGUGAAAGCCCGGAAGACCUGAAGCAGACACUUGCUAGUGUCGGGAUUAGCCUUAAGCCGUCACAACUUAAGUCAGAUGCAAACUCUUUACUCAAUCUCGUCUGUGAACAGUUCUUUGGGUCUGCAACAGGGUUUGUGGACAUGUUACUCCAGCAUGUACCUUCGCCUGCUGAGGGUGCUCAAAGGAAGCUCGAACGGUACUACACCGGGCCUCUUGAUACUAAAUUGGCGGCAGCUAUGGCUGCCUGUGAUUCUGAUGGUCCACUCAUUGUACAUAUCACUAAACUUUACAACAGUGUGGAUGGUUCAAGGUUCCAUUCCUUUGGCAGGAUUAUGAGUGGCACAGCCCAUCCUGGUCAACAAGUGCGUGUGCUCGGCGAGGGCUAUACCCCUGAUGAUGAAGAGGACAUGGUGACUGCGACUAUUUCCGACACAUGGAUCGCCGAGUCCUGCUAUAACAUUCCAACGAGUGGUGUCCCUGCCGGCAACUUGGUUCUUCUGGGCGGCGUGGAUAAUUCAAUUGUGAAGACGGCGACUAUUGUUCCUCUGCAUUUGGAAGACAACGAGGAUACACACAUAUUUCGACCAAUCCGACAUAUUACAGAGUCCGUCUUCAAAGUCGCCGUCGAGCCCGUCAAUCCGUCUGAGCUGCCCAAAAUGCUCGAGGGUCUCCGAAAAGUCAACAAGAGCUACCCGCUGAUUUCUACUAAAGUAGAGGAGUCUGGCGAGCAUGUCGUCCUUGGAACGGGUGAGCUCUAUAUGGAUUGUGUGCUCCAUGAUUUACGGAGACUGUAUUCAGAAAUGGAGAUCAAAGUUUCAGACCCUGUUACGCGCUUUUGUGAGACUGUUGUGGAGACCUCCGCUAUCAUGUGCUAUUCGAUCACGCCAAACAAGAAGAAUAAGAUUACAAUGAUCGCAGAACCUCUUGAUGAAGGAAUUGCCGAGGAUAUUGAAAGCGGUGCCGUCAAUAUCAAGGACCCAAUUCGCAAGGUGGCGCACUUUUUUGAAGAGAGAUAUGACUGGGAUAAACUUGCAGCGAGAAGUAUCUGGGCCUUCGGUCCAGACGAGAUGGGCCCAAACAUCCUACAGGAUGAUACGCUACCGUCCCAGGUCAACAAGAAAUUACUCGGGAGUGUGAGGGAUUCUAUCACACAGGGGUUUAGCUGGGGAACAAGAGAAGGCCCUCUUUGUGAAGAACCCAUUCGGAAUACAAAAUUUAGGCUCACUGACGUUUCUCUCGCCGACCAAGCCAUCUACAGAGGCGGUGGUCAGAUCAUUCCCACGGCUCGACGAGCAAUUUACUCCUCUUUCCUCAUGGCCUCCCCUCGCCUGAUGGAACCCAUUUACUCCUGCACGAUGACAGGGCCGGCAGAUGCCGUCGCAUCAGUGUACACAGUCCUUUCGCGCAGAAGAGGUCAUGUACUCUCAGAUGGGCCGAUAGCAGGUACACCACUCUAUUCCGUCCGUGGUUUGAUCCCGGUGAUAGACUCGUUCGGAUUCGAAACAGAUCUCCGAAUUCAUACCCAGGGUCAAGCCGCUGUUAGCCUUGUCUUCGAUAAAUGGAACGUCAUUCCGGGGGAUCCACUGGAUCGUGAUGUCAAGGUAAAGCCCUUGGAGAUGGCGCCGGCGAUGGCCACGGCCCGUGAUUUUGUUUUGAAAACCAGAAGACGCAAAGGCCUAGCUGAGGAUGUCACCGUGAGCAAGUUCCUGGAACCGGAGCUCUGGAAGGGCCUGAAGGAGAGCGGCGUCUUGGACUCAUGA